ACUAUGAAAAUACAAAUGGAAAUGUAUAUUUAUACACGUGUAGGAUAUUGUGAACUCUGGCAGCUUAACCAGCGCAACCUUUAUAAAAGGCCAACAUCGCAUUUACAUGUUAGUUCUCAACCCACGUCAGCAUUAGAAACCAUCUUGCUUAUUCACGGGAUCAACAUGAAUAUUAAACGUGGUUGCGUGGCGUGGUUAGUACCCGCAGUUCUACUGGUGGUGGCGCAGCAGGUAACCAGCCAGGGGGCAGAUUGUGUACGCAGUCAGUGUAUCUCAAUUCGAGAAUGUCCAGCUCUGCUAAAACUUUUACAGGAUCCUACACGAAUCAAUAUCAGGAAGCUACAAGAUGCCACCUGCUAUGUCAGGAACCGGGAACCUAUGGUAUGCUGUCCAUCUAUAACUACAACUGAAACACCGACGAUUCCCACAAAGUCUCUCCUCCCAGAAAAUUGUGGGCACAGUGCUCACUUGAACAGAAUUGUGGGUGGAGAAGUAGCCCCACUUGAUGCAUACCCAUGGAAGGCUGUUCUAGGAUAUAAAGAUAAAGGAUUAGCUGCCAUUGAAUUUCUCUGCGGGGGUUCAGUCAUUAACGAGAGAUAUGUUCUUACUGCUGCCCAUUGUGUAGACCCUGGUACACUUGGCACACGAAGAUUGGAAGUAGUUCGACUGGGUGAAUGGGACCUCACCACCACUGAAGACUGUGAGAGCACAAAUAGUGGAGGGGUAUUCUGUGCUCCUCCAGUUCAAGAUUUCGAGGCUGAGGAAAUUAUCGGUCAUCCCUCAUACAACACUCGUGUGAGAUUCUCCGAUGACAUUGCACUCAUCAGACUCAACAGGCCCAUUAACUUCCAGGAAUCAGCAGGAUUUGUGUUGCCUGUGUGCCUGCCUCCAUCUAACUUCUCCCCUCGUACAGCAGCUGGUAACAAAUCAGCAAUUGCAGCUGGAUGGGGCUUCACUGAAACUGGCUCUGCAAGUAACAAAAUUAAGCAUGUAAAGCUGCCAUUGGUUGACAGUACUGAGUGUAGUCAGGUGUACAAAGGCAGUACAGUCAGUGAACAGCUCUGUGCCGGUGGCAAUGCUGGUGAAGACUCGUGCGGUGGAGACUCUGGUGGUCCCUUGGUACUUGCCGGUACUUUUGGUCCUCCCUACCAGCAGAUUGGCAUUGUUUCCUACGGUCCUGUCAGCUGUGGCCAGCAGGGGGUACCUGGUAUCUACACAUCUGUAAGCAGCUACAGGACAUGGAUUGAACAGAACUUAAAGCCAUAAAUGAGUUCUCAGGCAACUGAACUUAUUUCAACAGUAUUGAGAGAAUAGUAAUGAAAGUAAUCUGACAGGAAAUAGUGAUGAUAGUAUGUUCUACUUCAAAAAAAUGAUGAACAUUUUUAAACAGCACUAUAUUUUGUCUACAUUUUCUUAAUACUGUAGCUGGUAUCCACUCAGGAAAUAAAAGUGGUCAAAAGAAAUAAUUAUCAGUUUCAUCAGUGUCACAAGUAGAUUUUUGAAAAUUGAGUCUUGAAAGAUUAGGAAAACUGAACGUAAUUCUGCUUUAACAGUUGAUUUAAUGCUAUUACCUCUUUGAUACAUUCCUGUAAAUGAAAAAAUGUGUAAAAAGGUGGUGAGUUUUGUACCAGUAUUACAUAUUCACCAUUUGCUUGUUUUCAUAAAGAUUAUUCCAUACUUUUUGAAAUCUGAAUAUUGGAAUUCAUAGUACAUGGUGCUAGCUAGGAGCCUCAUACAUCCAUAAUUAUAUUUAUAAUUUUUUGAAAAGAUGAUAUUCAGUUGUAGUGCACAUAUUCCCUAUAAAAGAUAUUAAAGAAUUUAUUGUAAUGAAAAUUAGACUAACAGAUUGUGAUUUAUCAAAUUAUAUAAGAAAAUGUGUAAUGGAGAUUAAAUUAUUAUACUCAAGAUGUAAUCCAUAGUAAUAAGCAUUUACUGCAUUAUUAAGUGUUAAUAUGACCUUCCAUUGACUGCAAUGUGAGAUUUAAGCAUGGUUUUAAUGUUUUUGUUAUAUAAUAGGUUACUUGCAAUAAUUAUAAAUGAUGAAUGUUAAAGAUUAAUCUAAUACAGAUUAAGUUACAGAUAGGUAUGAUGUAUAAGAAUGUGAUGAAUUGUUGACAAUGCCUUGAUUUAUUAAGAAUGCUCUUGGUUGUUCAAAUGAUACCUGAUAUUUCAUAAUAAUUGUUUUGUCUAUGUAUGUAUUUAUAUUUAAUAAAAGUCUUCCUUUCAUUU